AUGCCGUCUUUGAAGUCUUCGUCCGAAGCUGUUCCGGGAGGGCACGAUACCACACCAGAUUCUGCUCCACAUAGCGCUUCGUUCUGGCUCUUCAUAGCCUCGCUGUGCCUCAUUGCUUUCACAGCAUCGCUUGACGGAUCCAGAAUUGCCAUCGCGCUCCCGCGAAUCUCGUCCACUCUACAAAUCGGCAACAAUUAUGUUUACGUUGCAAACUGCUUCCUCUUUGCUCAAACGGUCAUCCAACCUGGGCUGGCGCAGCUGUGCGACAUAUUUGGGCGCCGCUGGCCCAUGAUCAUCAGUGUUUGCAUAUUUGCACUGGGCAGCGGCAUUGCUGGUGGUGCAAACAAUACAGCCACGAUCAUCGCUGGCCGCACCGUACAAGGCCUCGGUAGCGGUGGGAUCAUGCUGCUGGUAGAAUUGAUCGUUUGCGACCUGGUGCCACUGAGAGAAAGAGGAAAAUAUCUUGGUAUAGUGCUAUCUACCGCUGCACUUGGGGCUAUUGUGGGACCUAUUGUGGGCGGUGCCCUUGCAGAUAGGGACUGGCGUUGGUGCUUUUAUCUGAACCUUCCAAUCUGUGGCCUCGUCAUUCCCGUCCAAGUCAAACUCCUUCGAAUCAAGCAUCAUUCGAUCCCGUGGAAAGACGCCAUUGGCCGGAUAGAUUGGAUCGGUAACAUUAUCUUCAUCGGCUCCAUCAUGUCAAUCCUCAUCGGUCUUACCUUUGGCGGAUCCAUCUAUGCGUGGUCUUCAUGGCGGAUCAUCAUCCCGAUUGUGGUGGGCUUUGUUGGGUGGGCUGCGUUUCACGCAUACGAGAACUUCAUCAAGGAAAAGAACCCUUGCCUACCCCCACACGUCUUCUACAACAGAACCUCAUCGGCAUCCUUUUACAUGAUCUUCGUCACAUCGAUGCUGCUUCAAUGGGUCUGUUUCUUCUGGCCGCUUUACUUCCUUGCGGUCCGCGGCAAUGGGCUCACCCAGACAGGGGUCAAUUUUAUGCCCUUCAUGUUUGUUCUCAUUCCUGGCUCUGUCGUCGCCGGCAUCGUGCUCUCCAAGACUGGCCGGUAUCGCCCUUUGCAUGCUAUUGGGUUUAUCUUGAGCACGCUUGGACCUGGCCUCAACACUUUACUGAGCAGGAAUACACAUGCUGGUGGAUGGGCCAUGCUGCAGAUUGUAGAUGCGCUGGGCCGGGCGUGCAUCCUCCCAACGACCCUACCUGCCGUACUGGCUGGCUUGUCAGAGAAAGACGUUGCCACGGCCACUGGUGUCUAUUCAUUUCUCCGCAGCUUUGGCUACGUGUGGGGAGUCACAAUCCCGGGGAUCUUAUUUAACAAUCGCUUCAACGAGCUCUCAUAUCAGGUUUCCAAUACUACUGUGAGAGAGACACUCAGCUGGGGAAAAGCAUAUGAGUUCGCAAGCGACCCCUAUAUCCAGAAUUUGGAGCCAACAGUACGAUCUGAGGUUUUGGGUGUCUAUUUGCAGGCGUUGAAGGCUGUUUGGUUCGGGGCCAUGGCUUUUGGCGCUACUGGUUUGGUCGCAGUGGCAAUAGAGAAACACGUCCCGCUGAGAACAGAGUUGGAGACGAAUUAUGGGCUAGAUGAGAAGACAAAACCAGAGCAGGAGACCCCUGACGGCGGUGAGAAAGCACAAUGA